GAUGUGUUAGUUCGGUGGAAGGAAACUACUGACUGGAUGCCAACAACAACGUUGAGCAAACUGCAAACCGCCAUAGUGUCGCAAAAUGAACGAAUCUGAGAACGACAGCAACCCUACUAGCGAUACUUUGGCGUUCAUAGACCUGAAUGGGACUCCUGUGAUAGCAGAUGGCGAUACAGAAGAAGAUUAUUUCAUCUGCCGUAAAUGUAACAAAGUAUUUAAAAACCUUCCAGACUAUUUGGAACACAAAAUAAAAGAUGAAAAUUUCAGAAUCACUCAAACACGUUCAAAGGCAGAUAAACGUUUCGCUUUGCCAAAUUUGGUGCAGAAGCGAAAGCGCCAGGUUCGCAAGCGAAAAGCUCAGGUCGUCAGUGUGAGAAAAGAUGCUAAUGGUGUUGAUGCAGCAGUGGAGCAGAACACGGAUACAGACAAUGAAAAGAAAGAGGAAAAUCUUGACCUCUUGAAGCAAGAAAAGGAAAAAGACUCUGGUCCUAAACAUAUCACAGGGAAUGUGGAAAGGGCAGCAACUGCUUACAGCUGCAGUGUGUGUCAAAAGACGUUUCGAAGGGAAGCAACACUGCGCUGGCACAUAAAAUACGAACACAAUCAGAAGGAAGAGAAUAGUGAUGAGUCAGAUGCUGAGGAAAGCAAGAUCAAAGAGGAAGUACUCUCGAGUAGAGAUGAGGACUAUAAAGCGGAGAAAGAAAUUGAAGAAGAGGAUGACCAUCAUUUGAAUGAUGAUGCAGAGGGUCCUGGCAGGAAGCCCCGGGAAAUUCACGUGGUAAUUGAGAAACCCGGCACUGCUGAACCUGUGAAGCAGAGAGUGAGCAAACCAUCGACAGGGGCAGCUGAGACGGAGAGACCAUAUUCGUGUGAUAUUUGUUUUAGAUCCUUUAAGGAGCUGACAGUCUUGAAAGCUCAUGCUGUUGUGCACUCCGACGAGAGGAAGUACAUAUGCACAUUUGAAAACUGUCCUUAUGGUUUUAAGACGAAAGGCUGCCUUGUUCGACACAUGAGGAGACACACAGGAGAGAGACCUUAUGAGUGUGAGCGCUGUGGGCGAGCUUUUGCUGAAUCUGGAGCUCUAACACGCCACAUGAAAGCCAGACGAAACUGCUCAGAGGCACCGGACUCCCAGUUUCCAAGGUACAGGAAAAGUUGGAAUUAUCACCCCAAUAUCCCAGCCGUGAUAGACCCGUCCCAGCGGGACGCCCACCGUGGUCCCAGCACUUUGCCUGUACCAAACAAACCCGAACUGCCCGUAACUGAUCUGCACUUCAUCCUGAGCCAUGGGGCUGAGGAGAUUGUGGAAGGGGAGGACACCCUCACAGGAGUGACUGUCAAACUGGACUCUUCAGCUGCUGGUGCACCCUCAGUGGAAGAAUGGACGGUCAAAGCAGAACCUGGUUCUCUGGCACAGGUUGAAGUGGGGGCAGAGACAAAGAUGGUCAACUCAGUGGUCAAACCUUUGGGCAGCCUAGUGAGCACAGGAGCAGGACAGGACAGUGAAAUGUUGGAGCUACAAAGUAUAGCACAAGCAGAAGUCUUGAAACCAACUCAAUGUCAAGUGUGCAAAAAGGACUUUGCUGCUGAGGAAGGUUUGGAAAUCCACCUGAGAAGUCAUCUAGCUGACAAACCAUCACACUGUGGACUUUGUCAUUUUCUCUCUAAUGACCGCGAAGAAUUGCGACAACACAUCCUUUCUAUGCAUUACGAUUCUUUAAAUAAUAUUGAGGCCAGUGUACUGUCUUCAGAGGACCCUGCUCAAAACAAGGGACAGAAUUCAAAUAAAAAAGUUGUUUUGAGGGAAGCCCUGAUAGCUGUCAAGCAAUUGUUCAGUCUAAAAAAGAACCGAGCCAGCCCUACUGAGACGACCGCCCCUGAGCCGUCAACGGCUGGCAGUGUCAAAUGUAUGGUUUGCGACAAAAGUUUCCGUGGCAGCACCUACCUCAGGCAGCACAUGCGCAUGCACACAGGUGACAGGCCCUAUCAGUGUCCCCAUUCUGACUGCCACCAAAGUUUCAUAUCCCGCGACAUCCUCAAGAAGCACAUGUUUGUGCACACGGAACAGCGAGACUUCAAGUGUGGAGAGUGCGGGAAAAUGUUCAAGCGCCUGGCUCAUGUACAGCAGCAUCUGCGUGUCCAUUACCAAGACCGGUCGUUCCGAUGCAGCGUCUGUGACAAGCUCUUCAAGUCUCAGAAUUCUCUCAAAGUUCACAUGCGCACUCAUUCAGGCAUCAACCCGUAUCGCUGCCAUGUUUGUGGCCGUCACUUCCGAGAACGUGGUUCACUUCAGCGCCAUCAGCGUCUACAUACGGGAGAAAAACCAUACGUGUGUCCUCGUUGUAAUCGUGGGUUUGCUGAGCAAGGAACACUGUCCAGGCAUCUCAAGGCUAAGAUACCGUGUUCAGCAGACCGAGAGCAAAGUUCGGGAACUCAGGGCAUGGAGGAAGGCACUGUGCUAGCCCAGUUCUCCACGGUGGUGGCUGACACACAACACUACAUUCUGCCACAGCUGGACGAUGACCAGUCCCUCAUCUUACCCUCGGCACCUGGGGCUGAGCAAGAGGAAUUGACUGGAGAAUAUGUGGUAGAGAACAUUGAAGUUAUCACAGAGGAAGCUGAUUCUAGUGUCAGACAUUCCACCGAAGAGGCCAUACUGGCCACAACCGUUGAUGGACAGAGAGUGGAAGGAGCAGUGGUGGAUGGACAGAUGGUCAGCACAGGGCAAGUGGUGGAUGGACAGAUGGUCAGCACAGAGCAAAUGGUGGAUGGACAGAUUGUCACCACGGGUCAAGUGGUGGAUGGACAGAUGGUCAACACAGGUCAAGUGGUGGAUGGACAGAUGGUUGGGGCAGAGGCAGUGGAAGGACAGAUGGUGGAUAGUGCAGUCGUCGAAGCCUUAGCAAAUGAAGGGGAUGAGCAGACAGAGACUCUGCAGAUCUUUGAUGCCAGUACGGGUGAGUCUGUCAUCAUAGUGGCUGAACGCUCCAUCGUGGAUUUAGUGCGGGAACAGCAACUGACAUUUGACUCUGUCCAGGGAGAGAGCAGUUUACAGAGAAUAAAGGACUUGAUCAUCGCAGCUGGAGAGGGUCGGGUCACAGCUUCGACUCAGAGUGAGCUCGAUGUGGCCGUGCAAGAACCUUUAUGGCAGGACCAACAGAUUGAUAUCGGUACGGCAGAUACCGUGAUUGUGUCGGGGAUUGGUGCGGAGACAACCGAGACGUCACAGCUGGGGACUGAACAAGUGACGGUGUUAGACACAGUCUCUGAUUUAGGCCCAGAGCUAAUGGCGGAACGAGGCUCGGGGGACUGAGCUAAUGACAGAACGAGGCUUGGGGGACUGAGCUUUUGACGGAAUGAGGCUCGGGGACUGAGCUAAAGAGAGUGUAAGGCUUAGGGGACUGAGCUAAAGAGAGUGUAAGGCUUAGGGGACUGAGCUAAGGACAGUGUAAGGUCCAGGAGAGUGAGCUUAGAACAAUAUUACAAUUAAUGAUUACCUAGGCCGGUCAAGGUGCUUCUCAGGGGAGUGAGCAAAGGACAGUAUUACUAUACAUUUUAAUAAAGCCAGGGGGCCUAGGGGACUGAGCUGAGGGCAGGAUGAGGUCUAGGGUCUGAGCUAAGGGACGUACAAGGCCCAGAGAACUGAGCUAAGGACAAUGUGUGAGGCCCAGAGGACUGAGCUACGGUCAGUUCGGGGCCAAAUCUUGUCGUUUCGAUCAGUACUGUAGUGAGUAGUAUUGUAGCAUUAACAUUCCUUUCACAUGUUUGUCAUAAAAUGCUGAAAAUGUUAAAGUGGCAAUCUAUUUAUUUUGGUUAAAUCAGUGAGAAAAUUAUUUUACACAAUGAUUCUUUCUAAUUUAAAGCAGAUACAUGAACACACUUACACAUGCACAUGAACACUGACACUACAGUGCUGUCAAAAAUUCGUGACCCAACCUAUCCUCAAAUAUCUCUUUAAGGGUGAAUCAGUCACCCAAACUUUGCACAGCACUUUGUGAAUUUUUUGUAUUUUUGUCUUAACUUAAUCAUACUUUUCCACAACAAUUGAGGAUAGAUUAAAAAGCUUUCCUUCAUAAAUUUAUACAAACUACUAGAUAUCUUGGUCACAAAUAAAAUGGGAUUGUUCUCAGCACUUCCUGCUUCUCACACUCGCACACAUUUCGCAUACUACGCGGUUGAUGUCAGAGUUUACAAAUGAUACUUUUUAGUGGCAAAACGUACUACAAGAAAUACAUUUAAUAGUGAACACGUUUUUUGCACUAAAGGUUCUCAAAACAUGCAUUCAAUAAAGCAUACUCUCCCGAUUAGAAAAACAUGACACACUUGUUUUCAAAAGCAAUACAGUAUUGCCCCAGCUGUGGUGUAAACAUUUUAAAUCUGUACAAACCACUCACUUUGAUUUGUUAUUAGUAUUAGUAGAUCUAUUUAUUAAGGAAUUUUCUAGAAUACAGCUAGCACUCAGGUGUUUACAAAAAUGUUGAUCUGUUAAGACAAAUUGAUACAACUCAUUGUGGAAAAGUAGGAGAACCUAUGGUUUGAUAGCUGAGGAUAAAUUGACAAUAAGUUGCGCCAUGAAAUUUUGACCGCACUAUAUAAUAGUGACGCUGUCCCAUGCUGUUGUAGUUGUAGUUGUACUGCUUAUUCAUGAAAAAAAAGGAAAGAGAGAGUAAGAGACUGCAUUGCAUGGGACAACCAAGCAGAGGGGAGAGAUAGAGAGAGUGAGGUAAUUUAUAGUUUAGAUCGUAACACUCACAGAGCUUGCUGUUGAGCAACAAUUUGCACUAUACAAUGCUAUCAUUUGUUAUAAGAACAUACAAUGAUACAUGACAAUUUAUGGAAUCGAAAAAAAAAAGA